ACUUAGCUUAUGAAUGUAUGCAUGGUACAUUACAGACUGGUUCUAAAUGCUAUGACUGGAAUAACUAGACUUCCAUUAUAGUGAAUAGCGAAGUGUAUUUUGUUACUGUUCUUCAAAAUGGCGAACAAUGUGGAAAUGGUGUGUUCUUUGCCUUCUUCCUCGGUCAUCAGUGGAUCAUCUUGUGAGCAUGGAUUACUUCAUCCCAGUUUGAUUGAAUUUCGUUCACAGUUCAGUGGGAUUUCAGUCUACCAUUCUUGUAAUGUUGUAACAACUGCCAUUUCAAGUAAAUUUUACUGAGACUUUUUCAAAAUUUCCAUUAGAAGGCAUUGUUGCAUGUUUGCUGAGUAAAUUAAUACAUGCUUUUAUGAACCCUGAUUUGCUUUUCUUACUAAUCCAUCCAAGAACAUAUAAUGGAGGAAGCAAAGAGUUUUGAAUACACCAGGUCUGAAAUUGAGCCCUGUUGUCACACUCAUACAUAUCUCAGUUUUCCUUCCAGAGGAAAAGUGUGGCUCUUUGGGUAUACCCUGACUUGGCUGGGAUCUGUUGCAGUGUGUUCAUGCAUAAUAACUGGGAUUUUGUUUUUCUUCCUCUUCUUUCUAACUGCACCAUAAUCCAUGUGCAUCUAUUAAAGAACAUGGAAUCAUGUCCUGUGGUAAGCUAUUCUGUCCUUUGUUCAUGAUUUUUUUUUGUCUUUUUAGGUGAAAUGUUUUGGUGUAGGACAUAAUUUCUCCCCCAACACAGAAUCAUUUGCUUCAUAAGCCAGUGUGUAAAAGUGAAGCAGAAGUAGUAUAUGUAGUUCCCUCCACCCUUAUUUUGUUAAUUGAUGUGGCCAGUAGUGAGCAUCAAAGUAAAUUCUUGUUUAUUUUUCUUUUGCUUUUAUUGUUUUACAAUUUACGUGUGAAUACGAAAUCCCCUUGAAAUUGUUUGGUUCCACAAAUUUGGUUAUGACUUUUAAAUUGAUUUAUUAUCCUGGUCACGCACACAGUUCCUAUGGAAAACAUUUUUAUACCCAUCUCGCUCAAAGACUUUCACAGCAAAGAGGUUAUGUUUAUGAUAUCUGUUUUCGUCAUAUUAAAGACACGAUUGGUAUAGAGUGGUAGAGGUCAUGUCUGUGGGAUAUAAGAUCUUUGGUUCUCGUCCGCCAGUCAGGUGCGGUGCAAUCCUGUAAGCAGGUGGCAAUCGUUACCUUCAUUAAGUCGCCGAUGACGGCUGUUUGUGCUGUUGUGUUCUUUUGAAGGCUGACUUUCUUGUGAUGAGCUGAUUAGUACUAGGGAACAUAAUAAAUUACUUACGAAGUGCACUUGUUUUGUGAUGGCACGAGAGGUUCCUGUGUCUGUCUUCGCUGGGGUAAUCCAAAGGAGAUGAGGAGCCAGGGGGGCGGGGUCGAUUUCAGACCCACGUAUUUCAGCAGUCCGUCACUCUGACUGCAAAGAUGUGGCCAGACGACAAUGGCACAGCAUCGCCAGCAGCAUCUUCUCCUGGUGGCUGGAAGUGGGGCAGCUGGCGUAUUCCAAGUGAACACCUGCCAUUCCUUGUGGGCGCAGUAUGCGGUGGUGCACUGAUACUUCUCACUCUCAUUGCUGCCAUCGUGUGGCGUUGCUGUGUGGUUCCUCGCCGAGACAAGGCUUAUUGUGCACGACUGGGAGAGGAAAUAGCUGCGAGGCAGAGAUCAGGGCUGUCAGUUAUGCCAAGCCACUCAGCAGUGUAUGCAGCACCAAAGAGUGGACAUUGGGCUUAUAGCAGUCGGUUGGUGGGUCCCUCACACCAGCCUGGCCCUGGUUCACACUGGUUUUAUAACAGCAGGGUGCUGAGUCCCGCAAACUUGGAGCGACUAGAUCCAGGACCCCUGACACGUUCAACGAGUUGUGCUCCUCCACCACGUCAUACAGGGCCUUUAAAUACAUCGGAUAAAAGGAGAAGACCAGUGAGUCAGCCAAUCAGAUUUGGGCCUUAUGACCUGGCAGUGAAUGCUGAAGGAAGGCAGCAGAACCAUUUGCCAGAGAUCUCUGAAUUUACUGCUCAGAGCACACAGUAUGCCUCAAGCAGCAUUUCGUAUUUGUUCACAGUUCUGGAUGAAGUUGGGUCACGAGGGGGCGAGGCACCCUCUGGCCCAGCCGUGCUGAAGACGAGAAGUCUGCCAGCAUGGGUAAGAUCAAAGUCCCGUCCCUUGUCGACCGAGGAUGAUCUCGCAGAGCUCUAUGCUAAGGUGAAUUUUAGCAAGAAACGCAAGAACCGCAUGAGAAACGAUGAAGCUGCCAUAAUUGCACUCAGCAAAUCUCGAAGCCAGUACCUCCAUAAAGACACUGAUUCUCUAGUAGACAAUGAAGCAGUGAUAGUGUAUGAUGAAAGAACUGCUCUGUAAAAGCAUGUAGUACACCUGGACACCGAUUACCUCAAGCAAACCAUUUUCCUGCUACAGUGGACAAUAAAGGGGUUUGGCAAAUUGUUUAAUGGGUUGACACACACACACACACACACACACACACAUAUAUAUAUAUAUAUAUAUAUUAGCAUCAGUUGGUAUAAUCAGCAGUAGUGUGCAAGAUUAUGAUCAUUGACUUCACGAGCAUAUGAUCGAGAGCUUGAUAAUACAUUGAAGUGAGAAAAUUACUCCAUAACCAGAUCAAAUUAAUGGAUACUAAUGAGAUUUUGGCCUAAUAUUUUAAAUUCAUAAGUGUGAAUGUAUGCCUUGCAAUAAGUUAAAGAAAGUAUUGCACAUUGCUAAAUUCGGUGAGGGGAUUUUUGGUCUGUAGUCAUUUAAUCUGUAACUGUCUGUGGAAAAACAGCUUUAUGACAUAUCAUUAACAAUGAUUAUGUUAGUGUCCUACUUGAAAUGCUAUAGUCAUUUUGAAUACAUGAGACGUUAACUGUACAGCAGACUACAGAGAGUCUCCAAAAUAUAUGGCUUCACUUCAGGGCUGUGUUCUGUGUCGAAAGGCAAUGAAAAGUGUGAACAUAAAUACAAGUUCAUGGAUGCUUGGUUUUAAACCUGUGGCCUGUAAGACCAUCUGACUUGGACUUCCUGGAUUUUUAUUUAUGGGGCUAUCUUAAAUGUAUUGUGUAUGUUGUGGUAGCAGAACUACAACAGAGGGUAGAAAACAGGUGAGAGUUAACUUUUAACACCUUGAAUUUAUGAACAUGCGAUGGUCAUUAAUAAGACACAUGGUGGAAGCACAGGGACAACACUGAGCAUUUUUUUUAAAAUUAUUCUUGUCAAAAUAGUAAUCUGUAACAUCAGAAUUAGUGAUCUGUAAAUGAACAAUUUCUCGUGGACAGGUUUACACUGUACUUUGUAUUCUCCUUCCAAAAUAAAAUGGGGCAUAAAGACAAAGCAGCCGUGGACCCAGACUUUUCUGGUUAUUUCUGCUCAUAGAACGUGCCUCUAAAGUGGGGCCAUGUCUUUCAAAAAUAAUCGGUAUAUUCUUUUACAUGAAAUCAUAGUCACAGAAUGACAAAUAGCUGAUGAUGCCAUAUCUUGUAGUGAUAUAACUGAGUCCAAGCAAUACAAUUUGAUUUACAAAUGUAAAAUAGCUCAGUUGUAACGAGAUGAAAUUCAACUGCACGAACAUUCACACACUACAGAUUACAAUUUUUAGUGGCAUUUUACUUAAAUUUCACAUGGAAGAAUAAAGUUUACAGAUUUUAUUAAAAUUAGAUAAUGCAUUGAAAAAAGUUUUCAUUUGACAUUCUUGGCAGGUGAAGGGAAAUUGUUGUAUGAGAUGUUUUUUGUAUACACUGAAGUGUGACAACAGAACCAAAGUGCAUCUUACAUAUACAAGAAAGUGGAACUAAUAUAGAUGCAACGUAAAAAUGAGAGCUUCAGAGUACAAUAUUGGAGUUUUCUUCCAAAGUUCUAGUCAUAGAUCAUAAUUGAAGUGUGCCUAGCACCUGAUAUGAAUAAAUGCAAUGUAGUUCAGUAAAUUUUUAGUUCUGUUACCUUUUAUAAUAUACUUUAGAGCAUAAAAAUUAUCAAAAUAUUGAUAAACAUAUUGUUCAGUGAAAUUAGGCCUACAAAGACUUUUUUAUGUAAGUAGUUCAAGUGUUUAUAUAUUAGCAUGAUAAAACUACUUUUGUUCAUAAUAUGAUAAUGUAGGCUAAUAAAUGCUGUAAGAUAUAAAC